AUGUUACAGUUCAAACAUUAUCUUCCUAAUGGAAAUUCUAAAAAUGGUGGUACACAUUUUUCAUUGCUGCCACCAAGUCAGAAUGCCCCUCGAGUAUCUCAGUUUCAAAAUGUGCCACCGGAAUAUCCAGUGAAUAAUGGAAGCAGGGGUUCUACGGAUGUUAUUGAUGGAGGAUCUCAAACCACUGAUGGCUUAUCACGAGAUCUCGAUACUGAUACAAAUCAUGGGACGCCUAAUGAUUCAACCACGUCUACGUCGUUGAUGUCCGCACCAAGUCAGAAAAAGUCCAGAUCACCUUCCACCGUUAUUAAUGUAUCUUCUUCUUCUUUAUCAUCAUUUGUCAAGACAGUCGAUGGAAAUUUUGAUUAUUCUCAGUAUCGGCCCCGGUCGUCGAUACCGUCGAGGCUUUCUGCAGCCGUAUAUGCUCAGCAAUGUAUCACGGCUGCGUAUGCAUCCCGGCUGAAUCCGUUUGCGCUCCAUAAGAAAGAGCAGGAAGCAUUACAAGAUUAUAUGUGCCAUCUUCAUGUGACAGUAUAUCUCAACAUACGCAAUGGAAUUCUUCGGCUUUGGACUCGCAAUCCCAUGGUUAGCGUGAACAAGGAGGAGGCAUUAGGAUGUGCCAAGGACUAUCGCUGGAUGAACCUUGCCUCUUUUGCAUAUGAAUGGCUCAUCCGGAACGGUUACAUUAACUUUGGAUGUGUUGAAAUCCCCAUGGCCUUGAUUCCUCCAAAGCGCGCCCGGCGGAAGGACGGUCCAGUUAUUGUAGUGAUUGGAGCAGGAAUGUCAGGUCUGGGCUGUGCACGUCAUCUAGAAGGUCUCUUUAACCAAUACCGUGACACAUCCACUUCUCCUCGUGUUGUCGUGCUUGAGGGGAGGCGAAGAAUUGGAGGUCGCGUAUACUCCCACCCUCUACGAAGCCUCCAGUCGCCCAACCUAGCUCCAGGCCUUGUGCCCAAGGCUGAGAUGGGAGCGCAAAUCAUCGUUGGGUUCGAUCGUGGCAACCCACUAGAUCAGAUCAUUCGAGGACAGUUGGCACUUCAGUAUCAUUUACUGCGUGACAUUUCGACAAUUUACGACAUCGACGGAUCCCCUGUAGAUGAGGUUCGGGAUGCAAUGGAUGAAAGACUCUACAACGAUGUGCUUGACCGUUCAGGGUUCUAUCGCCACAAAUCUGUGAUUGUGCCAACUGCCGAAGGGGAUCGGGAACUCAUCAAUUCUGGUCGAGAUUUGACAACAAGUGAUGGAGUCACAGUGAGGCAGUACGAAGAGGCCAGGGCUGCUGGAACUAUCGGACAAUUGCUCCCUUCUAAGCGAGUCCGUCGAGGUGUGGGACAUAAAACUGCGGAUAUCAAAGCAACCGCUGCUCCGCUGGCAGAUCUUGGUCCCAUAGAGGAGAACCCUGCCGUUCUGGCCUGUCAGGCCAUGGGCUGGAAUUUGAACCAAGGAGUUUCAGCAAAUGAGUCUAUAAAUUUGGAGCCCAUUGCUAUUGCUUCAAGAGCUCAGACAUUGGGUGCUGUCUUGGACGAUGGGGUCAAGCAAUACCAGCGCAUGCUCCCUCUGGCACCAAAGGAUAUGCGAUUGCUCAAUUGGCACUUUGCAAACCUGGAAUACGCCAAUGCUGUCAAUAUUGGCAAGCUCAGUCUUUCGGGAUGGGACCAAGACAUGGGCAAUGAGUUUGAAGGUGAACACUCCCAAGUAAUAGGCGGUUACCAGCAAGUGCCUUACGGUCUGUGGUCUCUACCAACGAAGCUUGACGUACGGACGAAUAAGAUCGUUUCCAAAAUAGCAUACGAUCCCAGCGGAAAUGGUAAGCAGAAAACGGUCGUUCACUGUGAAGAUGGUGAUUCUAUCGUGGCGGACAAGGUCGUUUUCACAGGCUCUCUUGGUACCUUGAAGCAUCAAUCCAUAAAAUUUGAGCCCCCGCUCCCAGACUGGAAAGCUGGGGCUAUUGAACGGCUUGGCUUUGGUGUUAUGAACAAGGUGAUUUUAGUGUUUGACCAGCCGUUCUGGGACGUCGAACGUGACAUGUUUGGGCUGUUGCGCGAGCCGAAAAACCGCGAUAGUAUGGUCCAAGAAGACUACUCUGCAAAUCGGGGUCGAUUCUAUCUAUUCUGGAAUUGUUUGAAAACGACCGGUCUUCCGGUCCUGAUUGCCCUCAUGGCCGGUGAUGCGGCCCAUCAAGCAGAACGCACGCCAGACGCCGAAAUCAUUGCGGAGGUGACCAGUCAACUGCGAAAUGUCUUCAAGCAUGUGGCCGUUCCCGAUCCAUUAGAAACCAUUGUCACACGAUGGGCCACCGACAGGUUUACUCGCGGUAGUUAUUCUUAUGUAGCCGCAGAAGCCCUCCCGGGGGAUUAUGAUUUGAUGGCCAAACCGAUUGGUAACCUACACUUUGCGGGAGAAGCUACCUGCGGCACUCACCCAGCGACAGUUCACGGCGCAUAUCUUUCAGGUCUACGAGCUGCAUCGGAGGUGAUCGAUACCAUUCUGGGGCCCAUUGAAAUACCCGAGCCUCUGGUGCCAGAAAAGGGGAAAACCACCGAGCUGAGCACCCCUAUAACAGCGGGCCAGAAGAGGAAGGAGCCCUCUUCAGCGACUAUAUCUACGGCAGCAACAGCUCCUGCUCCCACCCCCAUCGACUCUAGUGAACUGGCAGCCCAGGCACGAUCCAACAACUCUUUCCCCACCGACACGGCUCUUCGGGAGGCUUAUGACCAAGCCAUGUGGGCAGCCAUCCAUGCCGAGCUAGGUCCCCCAGAGCCUAGACCUGCCAAAACAGGCCUCAACCCCUUCUUACUCUACCAGAAAGACUUCUGGGGCAAGGCCCGCAUCCAAUGCGACGAGGCACGACAGGCAUCCUCCAAGAAUCCAAAAGCCAAAGCAGCACGGGACGAGAUCCGACAAGCACUAGGCCUCAUGUGGCGACGGGCCAGCGAGGAAGAAAAACGACCGUACAUAGAGCAGACGGAGGUCAAUCGGCAGACCAACGCGGAGGUGUGGGAACGAUGGAAGCGGACCAUUGCAGAGUGGGAGAAAAACACAUACAAGGUGAAGGAUCGGUGGUGUGCAGCUAAUCCGUUUGAGAGCUGGCAGCCGACUUCGUCUCCUGCGUCGAAAAGGCCAAAUCGCACGUCUACAAAUGGCAAUGCGGCGGCCAUUAAUGUGCCCAUCGGUGUGACUACAAAUGGUCAUACGGAAUUGAAACAAAUUAUUUGA